AGAACAGUGAAGGAUUUGACGUCUAUUCCCUGCUCCGGUGAAAGCGUAGCACUUGGGCCGCGCGGUUCUCCUAUAGCCCGGGGAGAGAGGGUUGCAUUGAUUGGUUGAGUGUGCGUGCUCACAUGAUCCGGACUGGGCCUCUGGUAAAUACUUCGAUCACAUGACCAUUCCCACUCCAGGAUACAGGGGAUCCGCGCCUGCCUUGUCCCGACUGAGAGACGUCGAUCGCAGCUACGCAUCUGGUUCUUCCCUGCUUAAAAACUCCGUUGUCCCACUCACUUCCUCUUGCUCGCCCAGCAGUGACAUUCGCGCAAACGCUUCCCUCCGCGCGACAGUGAUUGAUGUUGUCGGCGAAGUUAAUCUCUUCCGGCGAAUUGCACGCCUCCUCGGAACUUCUACAGGUUGGAUGGAGGCUUUAACCGUCUGUCGUAGGUGGUGGGGCAGUUAGACGAGCCGGGAUGUCCAGAGAUAUCCAGUUUGCAUGCCCGACCGUAAACAUUCACAGACAGACGCACGCACUCAUUUGUGGUCGGACAAGAGAGGUCCAACGGGGAAAGUCUUAGUAAAGGACACAGAAGUUCUCUGGCCGGCUUGCCAUUGCUUACACUGGCAGGAUGUCGGAACGCACCCCGCUGCUUAACUACCGACUGUCCACCAGCGUGACGGAGUCGGGCGAGCACCAGGCCGGUCCGACCGGGGAGGCAGUCGAACCCAGCCCCGAGGUGGCCCGGCGUAAGGCGGCCCAUGGGCAACCGCAGAAACUCUCCACUUUUUUCGGGGUAGUCAUCCCUACCCUCCUGUCCAUGUUCAGCGUAGUGCUGUUUCUGCGAAUCGGCCUGGUGGUUGGACAGUGUGGACUCUACCAGACGGUGGCCAUGUUCCUGGUGGCAUACUUCAUCAUCAGUAUGACGGUGCUGAGUGUGUGUGCCAUCUCUACCAACGGAGCUCUGGACGCAGGAGGAGCCUACUACAUGAUCAGCAGGGCUCUGGGCCCUGAGUUCGGGGGCAGCAUGGGCAUCAUGUUCUUCCUGGCCAACGUGUGCGGUAGCGCCCUCUAUGUGCUGGGACUGGUGGAGGCCGUGCUUUCCACCUUUGGAGCUCCUGAAGAUGGCUCGCGUGGUGGUGUGUAUGAGGUCUUGCCCGUGGGCUACUGGUGGUCAGUGCUCUACGGCAGCGCCAUCCUCCUGCUGUGUCUGCUGGUGUGCCUGGUGGGGGCCCACAUCUACGCCAAGGCCACCUUCCUCAUCUUCCUGGUGGUCAUGGUGGUGCUGCUCACGGUGCUGGUCAGCUUCUUCGCCGUGCCCCCCCACAGCAUCACGCUACCCGCGACGUCACCGCCUCCCGUCGCCAACACCUCCGCCCCCCCCACCACCGCCAACUUCACCGGCUUCAAGCUGGACACACUACUGGGCAACCUUGAGGCGGACUACACAGUGGACUACACUACCGGUAUGAUGAUGUCAUUCGCCACAGUCUUUGCAGUCAUGUUCAACGGCUGUACAGGCAUAAUGGCAGGAUCCAACAUGUCUGGUGACCUGAAGAACCCCAGCUUUUCCAUCCCUCGGGGGACGAUCACAGCAGUCAUCUUCACCUUCAUCAUCUACAACCUCCUCAGCCUCAUGGUGGCUUGCUCCUGUGACCGCGUGCUGCUGCAGAGGGACUACAGCUUCCUGCGGGACAUCAACGUGUGGCACCCCUUCGUGAUCAUCGGUGUGUACUCCUCCACUCUGUCCGCCGCCAUGAGCAACCUGAUCGGGGCCUCGCGCAUCCUCUACGCGCUCGCCCGUGACGACCUGUUCGGGAGGGUGUUGUCUCCAGCCAAGAGGACGUCGAAAAGCGGAAAUCCCUGGAUGUCUGUCCUGCUUUCCUGGUUCCUUGUACAGCUGGUGUUGUUCUCGGGGAAGCUGAACAUCAUCGCCAGCAUCGUCACCAUCUUCUUCCUGCUGGUCUACGCCGCCGUGGACCUGGCCUGCCUCAUGCUGGAGUGGGCGUCUGCCCCCAACUUCAGGCCCACGUUUCGUUACUUCACGUGGCACACGUGUGUGCUGGGCAUCGUGGGUUGUGCUGUGAUGAUGUUCCUGAUCAACGCCAUCUAUGCGUCGGCCUCCAUCGCCUUCAUGCUGCUGCUCCUGCUGCUCAUCCACUACCUCAGCCCCACCUGCAGCUGGGGCUAUAUCAGCCAAGCACUCAUCUUCCACCAGGUGCGUAAGUACCUGCUGAUGCUGGACGUGCGUAAGGACCAUGUGAAGUUCUGGCGGCCACAGGUGCUGCUGAUGGUGGCCAAUCCCAGAGGCUCUCUCGGACUCAUCUCCUUCAUCAACGACAUCAAGAAGAGUGGACUCUACGUGCUCGGACACGUGCAGAUCGGAGACCUCGACGUGUUGCCGUCGGACCCCCUGCAGAGCCAGUAUGACUCCUGGUUGUCGCUGGUGGAUCAUCUGAACAUCAAAGCCUUCGUCAACCUGACUCUGGCCAGCUCUAUCAGACAUGGAGUCCAGCACCUGCUCUUUAUCUCCGGACUUGGGGGGAUGCGGCCCAACACCCUGGUCCUGGGUUUCUAUGACGACUGCCCCCCUGUGGACCUCCUGCAGGACCCCGCGAUGUCCUCGUCAGGCACGUCUGCGGACGGCUCGGAGGACCCCGAGGACCCGCUCAUCCGUUUCCACUUCCCCGGCCUGCGGCGUCCAGCAGGGGGCAGCGGCGAGGCGUCCUCAGGGAAGAGCCUGAGCGCACAGGAGUACGUGAGCGUCAUCGCCGACGCCGUCAAGAUGCACAAGAACGUGGCGCUAGCGCGCGGCUUCGGCGAGUGUGUGAGUCCGGCGCGGUCUGGCGGCGGGGGCGGGGGCGUGUGUGUGGACGUGUGGCCGCUCAGCCUGCUGCGUCCGGACGCCUCCAGCUACGUGGACACCUGCUCGCUCUUCCUGCUGCAGAUGGCCUGCAUCCUCAGCAUGAGUCGCCCCUGGCAACGGGCACGGCUCCGCCUCUUCCUGUGCGUGGAGAAAGGGCGGAGCCUCAAGGCCGCCGAGCACAAGCUUGGUCUGUUGCUACGGGAACUGCGCAUGAAGGCAGAGGUGCACACGGUGGCAUGGGACACACAGGUGGCGCUGCAUUGGCAGAGGCAGAGAGAGCAGGAAGACGGAGAGAAGGAGGAGGACCCUGACGACUAUGCCAACAGUUUCCCUAGCAACGCUUCUCGGCUCUCCGAUGACUACCUGCUGGCUGUUAAUAGGCUGAUCCUGGACCAACCAGGCCCGCCCCCUGCUGUGCGCUUCCUGUAUUUGCCCCGCCCCCCUGCUGACACGCGACGUUACCGUAGUUACCUGCAGCAGCUAGAGUUGUUGACCCGUGACCUUGGGCCGACCUUACUGAUACACGGGAUCACACCGGUCAUCACUACCCAACUCUAAACACACACACACACUCGUACACUCUCGCACACUCAUAAAUACACAUUCUCACAUACACACACACACACACUCAUACACACACAAACACACACACACACACACACAUUCGUACACUCGUACACUCAUGAACACACAUUCUCACACACACACACACACACACACACACACACUCAUACACACACUUUUACAGAAACACACACAAACUGGUCCAAACUGGUGCAAAAUGGCACAAACAUGAUCCCUGGGAUGUUUUUGAUAAUGAACCCUUAAAGACCAACUCACCAAAGUGCAGUGUGUGUCUGUUUGUGGAUGUGUGUGUGUGUGUGUGUGUUUUUAAUAUGUAAUGCGUUUUAAACAAUCAUGUUAAUGCACUGUAUGUAUGUGUGACUGAAUAAGCAAUAAACCAGCUUUUCUCUA